AUGGCACGAGCUGCGGUUAUUCCACCGUCGUCCCCUCAGAAACGGACGACGCGCGGCAAAAAGAGUACAAACAUCACCACGGCCGCUCGGAAAGCUACUGAGGAGUCGUCUUCUACGGGGCCUAAACCGCGAGGAAGACCGCCGAAGACACAGGGAACUACUGCUGGCACAACAGAGUCGACUAAGCGGAGUACUCGGAGCAAGACGAGUAAGAAGGCCGAUGUAGAGUCGGAUCAGGAAGGGACGGAUGAUGAUGAGAUUGGACUCAUUUCUACAAAUGCAAAGACUGCGAGGGGGAAGAGUUCGUCGUCGAAGACUACCAGUAGAGGCUCUAGAGGUGCCGCCGCCGCUGCUGAGAAGGAUGAUGAGAAUGACGACGAUGAGCUCGCUCAGACUGAUGCUCCUAAGAAGAAACAAGUCGGCAGGCCGAGGACGAAAAAUGUGGCCGCGAAGGAUAGCGCUCCUUCCAACUCGGAGACUGGCGUGAAGCCAACAAGAGGUCGGCCGAGAGGUACAACAACCAAGUCGAAUGCGACUUCAGAGCCUGAGAAAAGCACGGCAACGCGGAAAAAGACAAGAGCUCAUACCGAUGCCGAUGAUGCUUCAUCUUCCGCAUCAAAUCCCAGACGUGUGGUGGUGACGACCCACUCUUCUGUGGUGGUGAAGUCGAAUUUAUUACGAGGACCGGCCAAGAAGAAGACGGUCACUUUCAAAGAUAUAUCGGAUUCCGAAAAGGAAGAUAGCGAUUUUCCCGAGUCGGUCCCCGUGGGAAGGAGAAGAACAACACGGCAAACUGGUCUAAACGCGAAGCCAGCUCGCAAGCAACCUACCAUUUCUGGUGCUGGCCCUGGCCGGGGUCGUAAACCCGCGGCAACGACGAAUCAAGACGCACCGAAGCCUCUAUCUCCCAAGAAGGCAAAGCAGGUUGCUAAAUCAUUGUCUUCAUAUGCGAGUUCCGAUGGCGAGGACGAUGAAUUGAGCUGCGCCAAGAACCAAGAUCAAGCCCAAAUCAAACUCAUUGCCGACUCGCCCAUCAAAUAUAAAUCAGAGGUUCCCACCAGUCUAAGUUCUCCUGUGAAAAGGAUCAAUCUCAACAGACACGGCGAAGAAAGUGCAUUGGGUCUCUCAGCCUCUAAACAGGCACCAGGGAAUACAACUGGACUCAGUUCUCCUGUGAGGAGGAUCAACUUUACAGCUAGCCACCAAGGACCUAUGUCUGUUGAUGAAAAUGGUGAUGUUGUCCCGGUUUCCAAGCCGCCGGUUGACUUCAAGGAUUCUGUCUUCAUGUUCAGUCCUGCUAAAAGACCCCCGCCUUCUCCAUUCCAUUACACUCUGAGGGAAACACCGAGGAAGUGCCCACUUACCAUCAAAGACCAGUCUAAGACAUCUUCACAGCCAGACUUUACUCCAAAGCAUAACUCCCCACUCAAGUCAUCACCUAGGAAGGCGGAUUUGAGCGCCUCAUUCUUACAGAGCCCGAUAGAAUCGUCGUCAACACCAUUCUCGGCAAGAACACGUCUGUUCCAGAGUCCAGCUAAAAGGUUUCUCUCCCCCUUUAAGGGGUCCAUUUCCCCGGAAAAGAUUUUUGGGUCUCAAUUGGUUGAGAGGGCUAGCAGUGUCAACUCAAGCCCUAGUCCUGUCCGUGAUAAUAUGGAGCCUGAGGCUCAAUAUACGCCCCGGCACGAAAUCACCGAUUCCACUGCUGGCAUUAUUGAAGGAGACAAACAUGAGCAAGAAGUUGAGAUGGAAUCAGAGCCAGAGGGUGAAGAUGAGGUCCAAUUUCAAGCUCCAGUUGAAGACGAAACGAUCAAAGUUGACCGGGAGCCUAGUAUGGGAAUCAGGCAAGAGUCAGAUUACAGUGAGAAUGCUGACGAUGAAAUGGAAAUAAAUGACUCAUCCGACGAAAUCCAAGAUCAACGUCGAACUCUAGUCGAAGAUAAAAUGACCGAGAUUGAUGGAGAAAGUGGUAUGGAAGCCAGCCAAAACAUAAUUGAGGAGGAUGGUCAUGGUGAUAUGGAACUCAAUGAAAUAUUGGACGAAGUCCAAGACGAUGAGCAGGAAACAGUCGAACCUGAGAUGGGUGAGAUAUCGCCGGAUCUAAUGUCUCAGAAUCGCAGAGAUGAUGUCAGAUCCACAGAAUAUGUGCACAUGCGUUCGGAUUGUGAAGACUUCCGAGCUCGAGAAGCAUCGCCGACUGAACGCCACCGAGAACAAGAAGAUGGGGUGGGCGACGUGCAGGCAGAUUCAGAGGUUGAAGAUACUCAGAAAGUUCCCGAUGCUUCGCCAGACUGGGAGGGGUUCGAAACAGGAGAAUACCAAACGGAACAGCCCGGAAUUGACUCAGAGAUCCAAUAUCAUCGUCUGGAGACGUACCCAGAAAAUGAGCCGACCCAGGAUCCUGAUGAUGUUUUUGUUGAUCGUCCCAUUACCGCAGCAGAAGAGUCAUUCGACAGCCCAGCACAAGAACACCAAACGCCCUUGGACGAAAUCCCUAACGAUGAAAACGAUGAGGACGAUACCAUCAGCGACGCUGGGGUUUUUGAUUUUGGCGAUGACCCUACACUCGUAGCGCCUGCUGGAGAUGAAAUGUAUACUAUGGCUACCCCAUCGCGUCUCUGCCCUUACGAAAUCGACGAGCCUGAAAGUACGACCCAAAUUCGUACAGUUAGAUACAUACCUCCUCCGGCUCCAUCCCCGCCAAUUAGAACCUCCACCAGACCGUUCGAAUUUCAGCCUCAGCAGGGAGGGAAUAGUCAUGUCGAAUCAGGAACGGAGAAUGCUGAUCGGCGGGCGACCAUGGAUCGGUCUGGAAGUCCAACUCCUUUGGAACACCGAACUCCCGGAAGUGGACAGUCUAUCCAAGAACAACCAGUUUCUCGUGAGAACAGCCCUAGUCGCAGCCCCCUAGCGGAACAUCCCAGCGGCAGUUCAGAAACCCACUACCAAACAGGGCACCCACGACGAAGAGGGGUGCACUCGCUUUCCACAGCAGAGCUUAGGGCUAGAAAUUACCCUUCUCGCAGGUCCUUACGGUCAUCCCGAGGCUAUUCCGAUGUGUCCAGGCGCUCUUUGGUAGCCAGCCGAGGAUCUCUGCCCGCGAAAUUGCCGCUCCGGGAAGUCUCUCAGCUUGACUCUGCAUCGCCAGUUGAAGAAUCCGGAUCGGUCCGAAAUAACUUAUCGGCGAGGGAAGAUUACUCGUCUACCGAUGAGCACCUGGAGAAUAACAUUAUCUGUGACCGCGAGCCCUGUAUAGAGCCUAUGGGGAGCGUAGCCGGGGAAUCAGAUACGCAGCCGGCCAAAGGUGUCUUCAAUGAUCCGGAGCCUAGAACUUCAGAAUUGUCUCAUGACAACGUGGAUAUAUACUGUGACGAAAACGAUCCUCCGGUGCAACAAGGUGACGAUCUGGCAUAUCCCGAUUUGACUGCAACAGAUGAAUAUGAUGAUAAUAAAGAGAAUGAGAACGUCAACACCUCCCCUCCGCCACAUCCAGCUCUAUCAGAGAAUGCCGAAUUGGAUGAGAACAAGGAAAAUGAGGUCGCUUGCAUUUCUAUUCCUCCUGUCACGCCUUUAAAGAAGAAAGGAAGUCCGUUGCUGCACACUUCAUACACAGUUUCCAAGGUUCCACUGAAGCCCGAGGGUCAGGUAUCGCCUUUGAAAUUGCCUCGCAAAAGAGUCAAGUCGCUGUCAAACACUUCGCCCCGUCGUUCUUCUCCUAGGCUGCGCAACCGCGUUCUAUUGCCUAAGAGCCCUGCAGCACCGUCCUUCUCACCUCGCAAGUCGAUUAAACUGCAAGAGGAUCCUCGCUCUUCUCCUCGAAAGUCUUUGGGGGCGCGGGAGACGGUGCACGAGGUUGUUUCCUCUGGGAACCGCGGAAAUACGACUUCUCCCUGCCCAGUCUACACCCCUAGUCGAAAUACCGGUGCGGGUAGCCAAGUCUUACGUGGAGCAGUUGUCUUUGUUGAUGUCCAUACCACGGAGGGGGAAGAUGCAAGUGGUAUAUUUGUCGAACUCCUGCAGCAGAUGGGAGCCAGGUGUGUUAAGACUUGGUCAUGGAACCCUCGUCUCAGUCUCUCCCCGAUGGAUGGAGUUGAUCCGAAGGAUAAUAAAGUUGGCAUCACUCAUGUCGUUUACAAAGAUGGCGGAGUGCGGACACUAGAAAAGGUCAGGCAAGCAGCGGGUCUUGUGAAGUGUGUUGGUGUCGGGUGGGUUUUAGACUGUGAAAGAGAGAAUAAAUGGCUUGAUGAAUCUCACUACGCAGUUGACUGUUCCAUCAUCCCUCGUGGUGGUGCCAAGCGCCGCAAGAGCAUGGAACCCCGAGCCUUAAGCAACGUGAACGGUACCUUAAUCCCAGCCGAAGGCUCAACUUCACAUACCCGUUCUAGACGCUCUGGUGCAAAUUCGGGAGCAAUGGAAGACUUUAUGAGGAUAUCGCCGCCCAUAAUAUCUUUGAACGACUCGGGAUCCACUGGAGAGACUACCCGAUCACCUGCACCCUCGAAUGAUAACGACGAGGAAUACAGCUGUCCCUUCCCCACAACCCCUGGCGGCAAGGAUUACGACUUCAGCCAUCUUGACGACAUUGGAAUGUCGCCUGCCACACCGUUCUUCCUUUCUCAGAGAUCGAAACUGGUCCAGCAGACGUGUCCGCCUAAGCAGACCCGCCAGGGCCUUUUUGAUGAUUACUCUUCUCGGGAAGAAGGUUCCCCAGAUGGGUUGUUGUCGAGUGAGCGGUUGAGGUUGAAGUUGGAGGCCGCUAGGAGGAAGAGUUUGGUGUAUAAGCCGAAGAUUGGGAGUCCCCUGGCAUUGUAGCCUUUCUUCGCGUUGUCUUGUAUACAAUGAUGUUUCAGCACAUAUUUCCUUCACUCUACUCAUAGGCCAUGUUUUCUUCGUGUGCUUUUUUCUUUUUCUUCUUGGGUUCUUGGGGCGCACGGCUAGAGGGUUACGUUGGAGGGGAGUUGGGAAAGGUACACUUUGUGGUUAUGAUUUUCCAUAUUGAACAUAGUAUGGUUCAAUUUUUGAUUUAUUUUUAUCAGUACCUUCGUUCAUUGCAUGCAAAAUGUACCGUACAUAGAUAGAGAGGGG